AUGGCGUUGCAGCUCGAGAACACCCAUAAUCGCGACGUUCUCAUAGCCAUUGAGAAGAAAUACCAGCAAAAAUGGCAGGAUGACCAUGUUUUCGAGUCCGACUUCCCUGAAGAUGAUCUGCCUCCUGCGGAAUUGCGAGAAAAGUACCCGAAGUACUUUGGUACUUUCGCGUACCCUUACAUGAAUGGCUCUGGUCAUGCUGGUCACUUGUUCACUGUGUCGAAAGUUGAGUUCACUAUAGGCUUUCAACGACUGACUGGAAAGCGCACACUCUUCCCUCUUGGUUUCCACUGUACAGGUAUGCCAAUUAAAGCAUGCGCCGACAAGCUGAUUGGAGACAUUGAGAAGUUUGGCCAGAACUUUGAACGUUUCGAAGAUUACCAGGCACAAGACGAGCAAACGAAUGGUACACCCGUGCCUGCACCAGUCCAGGGUAUUAAUAAGAAGGAAGACAUUACAAAGUUCUCCAGCAGUAAGAGCAAAGCUACUGCUAAGAAUGUCAAAACAAACUACCAAUUUCAGUCUAUGCUAGCAAUGGGAAUACCGAAGGAGGAGAUUCACAAAUUCGCAGACCCAUACUACUGGCUCGAGUAUUUCCCACCUAUCUGGAAGUCCGAUCUCAUAAACCUUGGUGCUCGCAUGGACUGGCGGAGGCAGUUUGUGACCACGGACGCAAAUCCUUAUUACGAUGCCUUUGUCCGAUGGCAGAUGAAUAGACUCAAAGAGUUGAACAAGAUUCUCUAUGGCAAACGAUACACCAUAUACAGCCCGAAAGAUGGACAGCCAUGUAUGGACCAUGACAGAGCAAAGGGUGAAGGCGUUGGACCCACGGAAUAUACUGCGCUGAAAUUGAAGGUGAAAGAAUGGUCUCCAGAAGCUGCAAAAGCUAUUGAAGGCAAGAUACCACAAGAUGCUAGCGUCUACUUCGUCCCAGCUACACUACGGCCAGAGACUAUGUACGGCCAGACCUGCUGCUUCGUCGGUCCUGCUAUCAAGUACGGUAUCUUCAAAGUUUCAGAUAAAGAAUACUUCGUAUGCACAAAACGAGCUGCUUGGAACAUGUGCUUUCAAGGCAAGUUCUUCGACCUUGACAACUUUCCCAAAGACCAGAACCAACUUGAGACCAUAGCUGAAUUACCCGGCUCUGCUUUCGUUGGCACUCUCGUCAAUGCUCCUCUUUCUAUGUACAAAGAAGGUGUUCGUAUCCUACCUAUGGAUACCGUCUUGGCCACUAAAGGUACUGGUGUUGUUACAUGUGUACCUUCUGAUUCGCCAGAUGACUAUGCCACCAUUCGAGAACUGGCCAAGAAGGCUGAAUACUACAAGAUACAGAAAGAAUGGGCAGAGCUUGAGAUAAUACCCUUGAUCGAGACACCCAACUAUGGAAAUCUUAUUGCCAAGACUUUGGUUGAAAAGAUGAAGAUCAAUUCUCCCAAGGACGACAAGCAGCUUGCCGAGGCCAAAGAUAUAGCCUACAAAGAAGGGUUCUAUACUGGAACAAUGCUGGUUGGCGAUUUUGCUGGAGAGAAGGUGCAAGAUGCUAAGGAAAAGGUUAGACAGCAGAUUCUCAAUUCUGGAGAUGGCUUUCCCUUCGCUGAUCCUUCUGGUGAAGUCAUCAGUCGAAGUGCUGAUGAAUGCGUUGUCGCUUACAUCCCACAGUGGUUCCUCAACUAUGGCGAGAACGAUAAGGAGUGGCAAAAGACUGUUCUUGAAUAUGUUACAGCCAAGGACGGACUCAACACAUAUACACAAGAAACAGAAAACCAAUUUGUGGCGAAUCUGGAAUGGCUUAAUCAGUGGGCAUGCGCAAGAACAUACGGACUUGGUUCGAAACUGCCAUGGGAUCAACAGUUUCUGGUCGAGUCUCUUAGCGACAGCACAGUUUACAUGUCGUACUACACUAUCUCACACUUUUUGCAUGGUGACAGAUUCGGCAAGACGUCUGGCAAGCUCAAUAUCAAAGCUGAUCAGAUGAUCGACGAGGUAUGGGACUACGUUUAUACACGUACGAAUGACGUAGAAGCGACCUCGAAGAAAUCUGGCAUCUCCGAACAAGAUCUCAAGACUCUGCGCAAAUCCUUCGAGUACUGGUAUCCUCUUGACCUACGAUCCUCCGGCAAAGAUCUGAUACCCAAUCACCUGACCUUCUUCCUAUACAUUCAUCUUGCCCUCUUCCCUCGAGAGUACUGGCCUCGCUCUGUUCGCAGCAAUGGUCAUCUUCUCCUCAAUGGUGACAAGAUGUCCAAGUCAACAGGUAAUUUCCUCACUAUCUCACAAGCAGUAUCCAAGUUUGGCGCAGAUGCCACAAGAAUAGCACUCGCAGAUGCAGGUGAUGGCAUGGAGGACGCCAAUUUCGAGGAGAAAGGAGCCAAUGCGGCGAUCAUGCGAAUGUACACGCUCAAAGAAUGGGUAGAACAAACAGUCGCUGACAAGUCGCUUCGAUCCGAGUCAGACGACCGUGUCCUAUGGGAUGAUCUGUUCGAGGACGAAAUGCAUCUCCUGGUCCACGAAGCAUAUGGCCACUACGCAGACACAAACUACAAAUUGGCUCUCAAAGCUGGUCUCUACGACUUCCAGUCCGCAAGAGAUUUCUACCGUGAAGCCUGCGUCUCAGCUGGCGUUUCCAUGUCUCGAGCGCUGAUUCUCAAAUACAUCGAACUACAAGCCCUCGUCAUCAGCACUAUAGCUCCUCACUGGGCAGAAUACAUGUGGAUCGAAAUCCUUCACAAACCCGCCAGCAUCCAGACUCAACUAUGGCCAGUUGUUCGCGAAGCAGACAAAGCCCUCACCUCUCAGCGAGAAUACAUCAAAGCCACCUCCUCAAACAUCACAUCCGCCGAAGCCCUAGCAGGUCGCCGGAUGGCCAAAGGCAAAGCCGCCUCCUUCGACCCCCGCCAACCCAAAAAACUCACCAUCUUCGUCGCUGCUCAAUUUCCACAAUGGCAGGACAAGUACAUCGACCUUCUCAAAGACGCGCUGGAAAAAGCCACGAUCAAUGACGACAAGGCCAUCAACCAGAAUGUCGCCAAGGCAGCAGGCAAGGACAUGAAGAAAGUCAUGCCAUUUGUGCAGGAGUUGAGGAAAAAGGUCCUUAACGGAGAUAAGGCGGCGUUGUUUGAGAGGGAGAUACAGUUUGAUGAGGUGAAGGCACUGGAACAGAUGGUCAAGGGUCUCAAGAAGCAGACUGGAUGUCAGGAGUUGCAGGUUGUGAAGGUUACGCCUGAGGCUAAGGAUCUGCCUGGGCAGGCGCAUGCUGCUGAGCCGGGAAAGCCGACGUUUCAGUUUGAGAAUAUUCAGACGUGA